UGAUAGCAAAGAAGUGGCACAUUAAUGAAGCUCCUCUGCAGGGGUCUUUUCUGCUCAUGUCACCACAUAAAACUAUCAGAUGGUUAGAGGAAGGACAUGGAGGCAGCAACUUAUAUCAUAUUGUCAAGAAAAGGAGAAGAGAUCUGCCCUAUUUAGUUGGCUUGUGGGAAAAAAGAAGGUUACUGCCGCUUGCUUAAGUAAAGAUCAGAGCUCAGAAAAUGAGACUGUUUUCUUAGGACUGCUUACAAGACCUACAGCAUCCACGCUCUGGACUGCCUUUCUGUAAACACAGAACAGGAUAUUUUUCGCCGACCUUUUAACAAGUUUUACACCGGGAGAAAUUAUUUAUUUACUUAAAAAAAAAAAAGUCAGGUUAUUAUUUGGUAAUUCGAACUAAUUCCGGAAGUUGCAUAAUACGCAAGCACCUCUAAUUCCAUGCUGAAUCUGAAACUUCGCAAGGCUGAGAAGAUUCAAUCGUCAGACCAGACUCGGAUACUGCUGCUGCUCUGAAACUAGACGUCUUCGGCAGAGUUAAAAAAAGUACUCACACGGAGAAGAUGCCUCGCCCGGGGAGAAACACGUACAGUGACCAGAAGCCACCUUAUUCGUACAUAUCUCUGACUGCCAUGGCCAUACAGAGUUCGCAAGAGAAAAUGCUCCCUCUCAGCGAAAUCUACAAGUUUAUCAUGGACAGAUUCCCGUAUUACAGGGAAAACACUCAGAGGUGGCAGAAUUCUUUAAGACACAACCUGUCCUUCAACGACUGCUUUAUAAAGAUACCCAGGAGGCCGGACCAGCCGGGUAAGGGUAGUUUUUGGGCACUUCAUCCCAGCUGUGGCGACAUGUUCGAGAAUGGAAGUUUCUUAAGGCGCCGUAAACGCUUUAAGAUAAUGCUAUCAGAUCACCUGGCACCAUCCAAGCAAUCCGAUGCUGCCCAUUACCUACAGCAGCAGGCUAAACUGAGACUGAGUGCAUUGGCAGCGACUGGUACCCACCUGCCCCAGAUGUCCUCUUACAACGUCGGGCUGUCGCAGCCGUCCACAUUCAAACACCCGUUUGCCAUCGAGAACAUCAUCGCCAGAGAGUACAAGAUGCCAGCAGGACUGACCUUUUCUGCCAUGCAAUCCAUGUCAGCUGGUUACCCGCUGCCCAACCAAUUGACCAGUGCCUGGCCCCACAUGUACAGCACCAGCGUGAUAGACACAGCAGCACCCAUUUCAAUGGCCACCAAUGAUUACAGUGCCUACGGGAUGCCCAUCAAGCCUCUUUGCCACGGAGGACAGACUUUACCGGCCAUCCCGGUACCGAUCAAACCUACCCCGGCUGCAGUCCCAGGUCUGUCGGCGCUGCCUCUACCUAUCCCCGCGAUCUUUUCGAACUGUCCUCCGUCUCUCAGCCCCACAUCCCCACAAACAGCAACCAGCCAAAGCAGUCCAGCUACCCCAAGCGAGACUCUAACAAACCCCACUUCAGCAUUGCAGUCUGUGGCAGUACACUGACACGGGCGGAUCAUCAGGACUUUAAAACCACAGGUUUUUACCAAUUCCAAAGUUUUUCUCUUUGAAAACAAAACAAAAAAAGUUAUAUAAAAUCCCUCGGGCAAGGGAAUUGAGAGUUGCAUUUGUUUAUACAUGUUUUGUUUCUGUGUUCGACUGCGGUUUCCUUUGCAUUAUUUUAAAUAUUUCAAUGUUUAAUUUCAUUAGCUAACCACAGAGUUAUGACCAGUUUUAAAUAUGAUAUUAAUUUAACAACCCCAGGUUAUUUCACUGUCAAUAUAGAAAAUAAGACAAUGUCUCUAGUCAUUUUUUGUGUCUUAAGUUAGUGUGCCUGUAAAGUGUAUACUGUUACAUUAUGAGAACCAAUAGUGGGGAAAGAAAUGCUUUACAUUCAGCCACAGAAACACAUUUAAAUUGCUAAUCACCUUGAACUUCUUAAGGAAGGCAUUUCCGUUUCUCAUUAUGUUUUGGAACAGCCUCAAUAGAAAUAGUUUAAAUGUAAAUGGUCAUUUGUUUAUUCACUUAGCCGGUGAAUACCCACAAAAUGCGUCCUCUUGUAAUGCGUAAUUUGACAUUAAUGAAAGUGACAAUAGAUUAGAGUGGAUCGAAAAAGUAAAGAUGAUACAUUUAAUGUAAAUAAAAUCGAAGUUAUGAAUAUGCUGUGAAAUCCUGAUCCGGGUAUUAGGCUAAUGCCCACAUCUAAGGGUUCAAUAAACUUGAAUGUGAAGUCAGUUUUCUUGCUCUGCGUGCAAAAGUUAUAAACAGAUCUUUUCAGAAUAUUUGUUGCAGUUGGUAUGCCAAAUACCUGGUAAGGCAAAUAGCUCACAUUAAUAUACAUAGUUAUUUAAACAUGAACAAUCAUAUAGCAUUUCAUUAAAAUAUACGAACUUGAAACGUGGGCUGGUUUGUAACCAAUGGUGCUCCGUGCACUAAGAAAAAACAAACUUGUAAAUUAUUGCAAAUAGGAGUGAUAUUAGCGUGCAAAAACGCCUUUUUUAAUUUCCUUGUUUUAGAAUUUCUGUAGGUUGCAGAAAACAAAUGUUGUUCUGUGAAGCAUUUAAGUUAAAAUAUGUGGUGGCCACUUGUAAGAAAUUAUGUAAAUGUUACUUUUCUGUACAGAUAAAGCAUGUUAUUUCCAAACGUUGUGUUGUUGCUGCAAGCAUGCGUGCUUUUAAAAAGUGUGCGAAGUGUCUGCAUUAAAUUAUAAACUUGGGCAUCGAAAUAUUUUCUCAUUAAAACAUAUGUUCA